AUGGGAAAGUACGGGGAGAUGUUGGAUCUAGGCGUGAGAAUAGCGGCUAGGUUUCAUUCGCACUGCCCUCAGACGGCGCGUCUCUAUUACCAUCCUCCUUCCGACGGCCAUCACCGUCGCGGCGGCGUCACUGAUUUACUUGGAGGUGGUGGUGUUUCGAGUGGUUCGGGUCAAGAUUCGACCGGGUUAGUUGUUGGGUUAGGAACUGGAACUGGUGCAGCUUGUGGUGUCAAGUCUUCUCAAGUGUAUGAAGACGCCAGAGAUCUCUUGUUGUUCUCUGUUGUUUGA